CUGGACCCUGGAUGAAGACUGAAGAGUUUAAGCUGAAUCUCACAGUUGGGGUCAGAUAAUCUUUAUCAGUUCUGCACCACACAGUUCAGCGCACUGAAAGAAUAAGAGUGUAUUUAAUAAGUAUUUGUUAGUAGAGGUUUAAUUAGGUGGUCUAGACAUCUGAGACAGACUACAGUACGGACCCCAGCACCACUUACUACUCCGCUUAUUACUCAAUUCGCAAUUUUAAUUUUUUUCACGAGACAAUCUCACUCUGGAUGCGUCAGGAUGCACCUGUGGAGACUUGCAAUAGACUUGCUCACCCGCUGUUGAACAGUGGAGAACAUUGCCGAAGAGCAGCACUAGAGUUUCAGAGCCUCGUGCCUCGACCUCCAGUAACCUUCACCUGAAACAGGAAAAGGAACACAUCCCUCCCUCCUGACUCACAGCUCAGAUUCAUUGUUAAUGUGAAUGGAACCAAGACUCAAAAGAGGAGCCCCUCCUCCCACUAUAGAAACAAUACAGCAGUACAUGUGUGAUUAACAGAGCUUAAAAGAGGGGCUCAGCUCAGAGACGAGACUGGCCUCACCUUCAAACAGUGAACAGAAUCAAAACUGGAAUCAACAAGAUCAGAUUCUGUUUGAGUAAAUCAGACGAAAUGCGUGCCGACGGUAUCAACCCUCGAGUGGGGAUGACGGUGGCUUUCUGCAGCAUCUUCCUCGUCUUCGGCUUCAUGUUCGCCGUGUCCGGAACGAGGGGUGAGGCACUGGGCCCCGUGCCCCUCAUAGCUCUGGGCCCUGCCGUCUUUUUUCCUGCUCUGGUCGUCAUCAUCCUCGCCCUGAAAACCAACGGGUUCCGGUCAUGGCCUUGGCCAUGGCUGAGGUUCCAGGCCUGCAGGGGGCGCUGCUGUGCCCAGAGAAAAGAGAAAAACAGACUAGGCCGAGUGUCCCCAGAGGACCUGGAGGGUCUGUACAGCGUAGGGGGCAGCAGUGAGUCGUCUUCCAGGGGGUCAGUGGGGUCAGGGAAGACCCACGUAGGAAAAAGAGAGAAAGUUCUGCGGAAUUUGAGGGACUAUUGUGCAUCCGGCGGCCUGAAGGGGGCACCAGAGAAGCCGGUGGGUUUCAGUGCGUUACAGCAGGAGUGUGUGGGGAAGAGUGUGCCAUACACACUCGUGGUCGCACACACCGGUGGGGGCGUGGCAUUCAGAGAUGGUUUCAUCAUGGACGCUGCUCUAACUGGGGUUCCCUUUUAUCAUGGCAACGUCAGAUGGGGCGAUGAGACGAUAGUAUAGCUUAUUAGACACAUUACGUUUUUUUAAAAGAAGAACAUGUUAACAGAUGUUAAUCAUGGCUGUAGAUCAAUGUUUGUUUGUGAGGAAAACCACUCAAAUAUUCUGUUUUGUAGAACAUUAUUUAUUUAUUUAUUGCCACAGUGAAUAAACAUACAUGAUAAUAAAUGCACAACUGCACUGAAUUCA